UGCGGCCCCCCCGACCCUCCGCCUCUCGCUCGCCUUCUGCAGCCGCGCUCGGAUUUAGGGAUAAAGUGGGAGGAGGAGGAGGAGGCAAAGGGGGGGUGGGGGGUGUCGCUUCCAUUUGUUUAUCCACGGAGGGGUGAAGUCUCCCGGUGGAAAGCGAAGCCGCCGGGGGGCCGGGAGGACGCCGGAGGGAGGGCGGUGGGUGAGUGGCGGCAAGCCCCCAGCAGCGCGGCCUUUUGCGGGGGCGCUGGGGGGGCGGCAGGAGGAGGAGGGCCGGGGCUGGGGCUGGCCGCCGCGGACCUGGCCGUAGAUGACUGCAGAAGCGCAGCAGGCUCUGUCCUCUCAGCCCCCUCCUCCUCCGGUGCAGAGCAGCUACGGCCCCAUGUCCUCCGUGGCUGAGAAGCAGCCGCAGAGCUCGGCCAUGGACGCCGCCUCCGCGGGGACCGGCGGCGCGGCCGGCAGCGCCCCGGGCAGCGGCGGGGCCCCGGGCAGCGGCGGCCCCAAGGCGAAGAAGACGAACGCGGGGAUCCGGCGGCCGGAGAAACCGCCUUAUUCCUACAUCGCCCUCAUCGUAAUGGCUAUCCAGAGCUCUCCCUCCAAACGCCUGACCCUCAGCGAGAUCUACCAGUUCUUGCAGAGCCGCUUCCCUUUCUUCCGAGGCUCCUACCAGGGCUGGAAAAACUCGGUGCGCCACAACCUCUCGCUCAACGAGUGCUUCAUCAAGCUGCCCAAGGGCUUGGGACGCCCGGGCAAGGGCCACUACUGGACCAUCGAUCCGGCCAGCGAGUUCAUGUUCGAGGAGGGCUCGUUCCGCCGCCGGCCCCGCGGGUUCCGGAGGAAAUGCCAGGCGCUGAAGCCCAUGUACAGCAUGAUGAACGGGCUCAGCUUCAACCACCUCCCCGACAGCUACGGCUUCCAGGGCUCGGCCGGCGGGCUCUCCUGCCCCCCCAACAGCCUCUCCCUCGAAGGGGGCUUGGGGAUGAUGAACGGGCAUUUGUCCAGCAACGUGGAGGGGAUGGGCCUGGCGGGACACUCCGUGCCUCACCUGCCCGCCAACGGUGGGCACACCUACAUGGGCGGCUGCACCGGCUCCUCGGCCGGGGAAUACCCGCACCACGACAGCUCCGUGCCCGCAUCCCCGUUGCUCCCCGCCGGCGGCGUGAUGGAGCCGCACUCGGUUUACUCCAGCUCGGCCUCGGCGUGGGCGCCCAGCGCCUCGGCGGCCCUCAACACCGGCGCGUCCUACAUCAAGCAGCAGCCCCUGUCGCCCUGCAACCCCACGGCCAACCCGCUCUCCUCCAGCCUCUCCACGCAUUCCCUCGACCAGCCCUACCUGCACCAGAACAGCCACAACACCGCCGACCUCCAAGGCAUCCCGCGGUAUCACUCGCAGUCUCCGAGCAUGUGCGACAGAAAGGAAUUCGUCUUCUCUUUCAACGCCAUGGCCUCCUCCUCCAUGCAUUCGGCGGGCAGCGGCUCCUAUUACCACCAACAAGUGACAUACCAGGACAUCAAGCCGUGCGUUAUGUGAGCCGGGCCGGACAAACCGCGCUCCUGGGGCCGGCCAGGCCGGAGCCGGGCGCUGAGCAUCCCCCAGGACGCUCUGGGUGUGCCAGGGGGCUGUCCCAUGUCCCCUGUCCCAUGUCCCAGCCCGGCUUUGGGCAGCAGGAACGGACCGGAGCUCCGGGCAGCGCUGAGCAUCCCCCAGGACGCUCUGGGUGCCAGGGGUGUCCCCUGUCCCAUGUCCCAGCCUGGCCUCGGGCAGCAGGAACGGACCCGAGCUCCGGCAGCGAGCUGAGCAUCGAGCCCGUCUGUGCCUUCUUCUGCUCGGGGAGGGAUGGAGGAGAAAGCAAAAGCAGCAGCCCCCGUCCGUCCCGAAAGGCCGGCUGCGAGUUUGGGGUGAGGCUUUGCCAAAUGAGGUUUUGAUGCUUCUUUAAAAAAAAAAAAAAUUGCGAACUCGGUUUGGGAGUUGCCGGUGAGCGAUGCCACCGGCUCGGGCUGAGGGGCUGGAAAAAAGACCCCGAACUCAAAUCCCCUCGGUGCCGUCUCACUUCGAGCCCGGAAAAAUACUUUUACAAUUUUUUUUUCCUUCAUUUUUUUUCUUUUUUUCUUUUUUUUUUUUUUUUUUUUUGCCGGCCAACACCCAGCAGGCAAAAAAAAAAAAAUCUCUCAGAGGGAUUUUUUUGAACUAUGAAUUUUGGUAUUUUUGCCUGCAUAAAGACUGCAGGAUCAGACCCUAUGCAGAGAGAACAAGGCACUUUGGAAAGAGACAGCCAUGCUCAUCCUGUUAUUUAUUCUACAGUUCUUUUCUUUUUUGUUGUUGUUGCUAAUAAUCGAGACACGAAUAGUCUCAGUUGAUCAGUAUUAAAUCGGGGAAUCUCUGUUGGCAAUAUUUGCCAUAUAGAUUUGGGUUUUUUUAGUUAACCUUUGUAAAUUUGCAAGCGACCGUGGUCUCUGUGUAAAGACAAUCCUCCAUAUGUUUUUAUAGAAAUAUAUAUAUAAUGAAGGAUUAUUCCCCUCCCUCCCCUCUCUAUUUUUUUUUCCACCCUGACGUUGUACAGUUCGGUGACACCUAUUUUAAUUCUUUCUGCACUGUAUAAAAUUGUAAUUAUGUGGGUUUGUUUUUUUGAUUUUUUUCGCCUUUUUUUUGUGUACGUUUUGUCCCUAAAGAAAAAAAAAAUCCCGAAAUAAAACCUGUAUGUUAUUUGUACAUGGGCUUCACGAUUGUAUGAGCAGCAAAUA